AUGGGCUGCAUCAUCUCGGUCAACGCCAAUCGCCGUGGCGCCUGGAAUGGGCUUGAAUGCAUCCUGUGCUUUCAACGUCGGUGGUACAUCCCCUACACCACCGCCCUCACGGCUGUCUUUGCCGAGGGCUUCAUUUUCGUUGCCUUGACCAUCCUAGGCCUUCGACAAUGGCUCGCAAGAGCGAUCCCGCACAGCAUCAAGAUGGCUACUACAGUCGGCGUUGGACUUUUCUUGACUUUGAUCAGUCUUACGCAUAGUGCCGGCAUUGGUCUCGUGCAGGGCGCAUCUUCCAGCCCUCUCGAGCUCGCGGGGUGUUCGGCAGCUUUCUUCGACGAGCGCGCUGCGGGAGAAUUGCUCCAUGUCUGGACGACGGAAUUCCCCACACGAGGUCGCAGUCACUACUCCUUUUACCUGGGCCCCUUCAAACCACUUCUCGCAUUCGCCCAAGACGAUGCACCUGCAACCCAAUCCCCGGAUCCGCUCCGAGCGGCUGAAAGUGGUGCCUACGAUGGUCAGGAAAUUUCCGUAAAUCCUGGUCGAAGUCAUGAACGACAUGCCCAGCACAUUCAGGGACAGGCAUCUGCAAAUAUCUACGACGAGAUUCCAUCGAAAGAGACCGCGGGGCUUUUGUUGGAACGAUACUUCGACACAUUCAACAAGGUCUGUCCGAUUUUGUAUCGUCCGACCUUCGAGAUCGCCUUCAACGCCAUGUUGGAAGAUCCGCGGAGUGUGAAGAUUUGCUUCGUCAUGGAGGCGCUCAUGGUCCUCGCUUUGGGAAAUGCCACCCUUCCGGAACAACGACAAGUCGUCACGCAAGACGUCGCACUCGGCUGGCUUGAUCUCGCUGCUUCUGCGCCUUCCACUGCAAUGGAUCUGCGCGAGUUCGACAUUGACACGGUUCGCAUGUGGGCGCUGAUCAAUUUCACGCGGCAGCUACUUAAACUUGAUCCAGUUGCCGACUACAUCUUCACCGGCUCAGCUUUGAGGGCAGGAAUGGUGAUUGGCCUACAUCGACCCUCUGCUUGGGCAAAAGGCGGCAAUCGUCGAGGCUUGUGGGAAGCACUUGUGGGUCUCGACCUUCAAGCUUGCAUAGCGUCUGGAAGUCCGCCAUCCUUACCGUGGCUGCAUCUCGAUAGUCAACUUUCGGCCAGCGAGGCUGCAAAUCUCGCUGACGAUGACAGUACCACUCGGCAUCUCCACGACAUUCGCCUCGGCCGAGCGCUGUCACGAUCUCUGUCUGUGCGCUACAAGAUCGCCCAUCUCUUGAACGUCGAAACACACGCGCCAUUCGACACAGCAAUUUCUCUCGGUCGAGCUUUGACGCAAAUCAUGGCCCCAGCACUCUCUUCCGACUCACCCCAUGACAAAUCCUUCCAACAUCGCUUCGUCAACGGUAUCUAUCGAUCCUUUCUCUCCGCCGUCCAUCGUCCCUUCGCAACCUUGGACCUUGCCGCUUACCACUAUUCACGAGAUCUAUCGAUCGCACUCGCCACGCAACAUCUCCAGGAUGUCAUCGCUGCUUUGGACCCUAGCAAUACCCCAGAUCACUUCGAUCGCCUUCUCUCCGGUUACGGAGCUUUCUUCAAGCUCGAAACGUAUCACGCUGUACUCAUGCUCAGCUAUCACAUCUACCACAAGUCCGAAGAACAACUUGCUUUAGAAGCUGCUGGUAUCAAUUCUCGCGCUGCUGAUCGAGAGAAUACCGUCCGUCUUAUCCGGCGAUAUCUUGACGCUGUGCAGGGCCACGAUGCAAUGCAAGAUCACGUACCUCAGCCUCAUCUCAUCGCUUCUUUGGUUUUGGCACACUUCUACGCUCCUCAAUCUCCGAGUUCGGGCUGUGCGGACUAUAGGGCACAUAUCGCUUACCAAGGAAGUCGGGCAAUGCGCGGCGAUCUCUUGCCAGGGCCAGGACCUCUGAACUAG